GCAAGCUUGUAGGUGAUGCCUGCAAGAAAGAAGGCAUAAAGCAUCUCAUUUUCAGUGGACUGGAAUUAGUUAAAGAGAUCACUGGACGCGAUUGUCCUCAUUUUGAUGGUAAAGGGAGAUUAGAAAUACUUAGACAUAUUGCAAUACCAUACACAUCAAUACGUUUAGCAGCUUAUUUUGAAAGUCUCAUCAGUAGCAACCAAAAACAAGACGAUGGUCAUUUACAUUUGUUACCAUGUAUGGAAGGACCAAUGGAUGGAGUUAGUAUUGAAGACUUGGGACCUGUUGUAGCAGCAGUGCUUUCUCAGCCUAAAGAAUUCAUUGGUAAGAAGAUAGGGUUAUCUGGAGAUAAACUCACCUUUGACCAGUAUGUGGGACACAUUGCACAAGUAACUGGAGCUACCCUCCAUGUUCAUAAGUUGUCUUAUGAAGAAUUUGCUACUGGCUUUCCAGGAGCAGAUGAUACUGCCAAUAUGUUUCAUUUCUAUGACCAUGGAAAUCCAGACCGAGAUAUAGCCCUCACCAAACGUUUGAACCCAAAGGCUAAAAGUUUCCGAGAAGGGGUUGAAGCAAACAAAGGCAAAUUCCCUUUUUGA